CAGCAGCUUUGCGAAAUAGAGUUAAGUUACCUAGUUUUAUGGUUCGGAGAAAUUUUGACUAUGGAAGACGAACGAUUUCAGGAUAAUCUUUGGAGCAAUUUGCCAACAGUCACUACAUUUGACAGGGGUGGCAGUGCAUAUUUAACACAAUUUAUAAAUGAAAAUGGAAAGAAUAAUGAUACAAUAAAGAAAGUGUCAUCUUCCAGUGUUUUAAUAGUUUCCCUAAUAAAUCAGCUGUGCAGAGUACUUGAAAAAGAUCCUAUACAAAGUAGAAAAUUGUAUUUGCUAUUAUGUGACACUAUGCGCAAUAUGAAAUUAAUAGAUCCUUCAUAUAAAUUGGGAGGUUUUGAAUUAGUGGAAGGAAGGUAUAUGGACGCAAUAUAUAAUUUAAUUAAGACUGGUAGAGCAACAAUAGGAAGCGAGAAUUCAGUGCCACUACCAAGAUCUCUUGCAACGUACGUGUCUUGUUAUAAAGAUCAAUUUCAAGAAACCGGUUUUAUCGCUAGUGGAGGUUUUGGAAAUGUUUAUAGAGCUAUACAUAAACUUGACGAAGUAGAGUAUGCGAUAAAAAAAAUUGUCGUUCGUCCUGAGAAAGUUAAAACUAUUAUUAGUCAUUUGGAAGAAGUUAAAACUCUUGCCAAAUUGAAUCAUACUAAUAUAGUUUCUUACAAACAAGCAUGGAUCGAACCAAUGUCGAGAUCUUAUGUGCCACAACUACCAUCUGCAAACGGAUCAGAAAGAAAUUGUAGCGAUAAAAAGCAUCCAAGUUGUAACACAACAAAUUCAUUGGCUGGAUAUAAAAGCUACACAUAUACAAAACAUAUUAAUAAGCAAUCUAACAAUAGAUAUUUAAGCGAUCACCAAAGUCUGAAUAAUAAUAAAAUAAUAAGUAAAACUAAUUUUAAAAUUCUUAAUUCAAAUUCAGAUAUUGUUUCUUUUAGAGGCGAUAAUGAAUUAUGUGAUAUUAGUGUUAGAAGCGACAUGGAUAAUAAUAUUAUAGGAAUAAAUUCUAGAACUACCACGGAAGAAAGUUUUUCUAGCGAUGAUUCUUUCGAUGACUGUAGAAUUCAUCGGUAUUCUACUCAAAAAAAUCAAUAUGCAAUAUUAUAUAUUCAGAUGGCAUUAUGUGAAAAUACAUUGAGACAAUGGUUAGAUAAAAGGAAAGAACCUACUCCCAUGACAUUGGUAGCUAACAUAGCAUCGCAAAUUCUUUGUGGACUCAAUUAUAUUCAUUCCUUAAAAAUUGUUCAUCAUGAUAUCAAGCCUAGUAACAUUUUUAUUUCGACAUCGGGAAGAUUACAAGUACAAAUAGGAGAUUUCGGUUUGGCAUGCCCUUUACAAAGAGACAAUCACGAUGCAAUUGUUGGAACUUGCAUGUAUGCAGCUCCUGAGCAAUUAAAAGGAGAAUGCAAUCCAAAGAGUGACAUUUAUAGUUUAGGAAUUGUUCUUUUGGAGCUUUUAAUUCCUAUGCAGACGUCUAUGGAAUGUAUUAAAAUGAUUGAAACAUUGCAAGAUAAUGAAAUACCAAAAGCCCUUGAUGCUUCAUAUCCAGAAUGGGCAAAUAUAAUUAAGCAAUUGGUUCAAAAAAAUCCAUCCAGGCGACCUUCAACGGAUGAACUAUUGGAAGAUUUAAAAAUCGACAAGGAUUUAAUAAUAAAUAAACUGCAGUACGAAAAUAUCAGGUUACAAAAUGAUAAUGAAAAGAAAGACCAAAUUAUAAGGGAGCAAAUGAUUCAAAUAGAAGAACUACAAACCAAAUUAGCGAAACUAGAAAAUCAAAAGUAGAAAAUAAUUUUAGAAAAUUGUUUGAAAGUCAAUGUAAAAAUUUGG